GAAUUUCAAUUCAUUUCAUUGUGACGUGUGGGGAUUUUUUAUCGCAUAUAAUAUCGCAUCUAACAUUUAAUAAAUAAUAUACGUUACUUUAUAAUAUUUUCACUUAGAGUUGUUCACUCACAUUGAUUCAAGUAACACGUAAAGUGCGAUACGCAAGCUAUUCACCCUGUGAAAAAAUAGUAAACAAAUCAAACAAGUGUGAAUAUUGAAUAUUAAAAAAAAGUAAAAAUUCAGAAAUUCCUUAAAAAUUAAUUGAAAUAUAAUCAAGUUGCAUCUUAAACAAGCAUAAAUAUGGAAUUUAAUAAUCGCUUAUUAUUGAAAAUUAUCGAAUUGGGUAUUGCUAUAGCUUGCAUCGUGUUAUGGGAAACUACUGGUCACUUUUCUAGAAAUCCUUUAGUGGUUUGUGCCGCCAUUGGUGGUUACACCAUUAUUUGCGGAGUUUUAUUAAUAGGUCAUGUUAUCAAUUCGAUUGUCGAGAAACGUUUAAAUGCUUUAAUUUCAAUAAUUGGUUGCAUUCUGUUUGUUAUAUCUGGGGCUUUGGUUAUUGAUGAAUGGCAUGACAGUUCAGAGUUGCUCUUUAAAGAGCGUAAACGUAACGCCUUGGCUGCUGGCUCUCUUAUGAUAAUCAAUGGCGCUGUUUUCCUAAUGGAUACCAUAUCGAUCUGCCGAACGCGAGCCGAUAUUCCUGUAGUGCGAGAUGAAACCAAGAAUAAAGUAGAAAUUUUUCGAUUCUAACAAUUUAUCUCUAAAUGCUUUAUGACGGUUUAUUAAUUUUAAGGCAACAUGUCUAAUUCCCCUUAAUUUAUUUCUAUCAUAU